CUACUACAAGUUAAUGGCUGAGUAAAGCAUCUGCAACAACCCCACAAGUAGCACAAAAAAGAGCAGUCCUCACCCUUUACUCCAUCACCACCACUUUUAGUUCCAUUUUUCCCACUGUCCCAUAAAACCCAUCUUUAACUGGAACUAAUUCUUGCACCCUUUUUAGCCUGUGCAAACUGUUCUCUACUACGCCUUUCAGAAAUAGGGAGUAAAACUGCAGAUAGAAGCUCGAGGGGAUUUUCACGUUCAUGCCAUGUCAAGCCAGCAGGGAGUGAAAUUGCAGAUAGAAUCCGAUCAUGUGGUGCUGGACAAUGGGAUGCUCAAACUCACUAUAUCAAAGCCACAAGGGAUGGUGACUGGGAUUCAGUACAAUGGUGUCACUAAUUUGCUUGAAUACAGGAAUAAUGAGAUUGAUAGAGGGUACUGGGAUCUUGUUUGGAGCAAAACAGGAAGUACAGGAACAAAAGGGAGUCAGGAAAGAAUUAGUGGGACAAGCUUUAGUGUGAUAGUGGAAAAUGAGGAACAAGUGGAAGUCUCAUUCAAAAGAACAUGGGAUCCUUCCCUUGAAGGCCAGCUUCCUUCCCUCAUCAUUGACAAGAGGUUCAUAAUGCUGAAAAACUCGUCUGGAUUCUAUUCGUAUGGGAUAUUCGAGCACUUGGCUGAAUGGACCCCUUUCAACCUCCCACAGGUCAGGAUUGUGUUCAAGCUCAGCAAAGACAAGUUCCAUUUCAUGGCUGUGAGUGAUAGCAGGCAGAGAUUCAUGCCACUGCCAGAUGACAGGUCAGAAGAGAGAUCCAAGCCACUUGCUUAUCCUGAAGCUGUGUUGCUUGUGAACCCAAUUGAGCCAGAAUUCAAAGGAGAGGUGGAUGACAAGUACCAAUACUCAUGCGAAAACAAAGAUUUGAAAGUCCAUGGCUGGAUUUGCUCCGAUCCCGCAGUGGGAUUCUGGCAGAUCACUCCUAGCAAUGAGUUCAGAACUGGUGGAUUGGUGAAACAGAACCUCACUUCUCAUGUUGGCCCAAUCAAUCUUGCUAUGUUUCUGAGUGCUCACUAUGCUGGUGAUGAAAUGGUCCUGAAACUCAAACCAGGGGAGCCCUGGAAGAAAGUACUUGGUCCUGUGUUUAUGUACCUAAACACUACUACCGAUGGAGGCGACCCACUUUCGCUGUGGGAGGAUGCUAAGCGGCAGAUGGCGGUUGAAGUUCAGAGCUGGCCUUACAGCUUCCCUGCUUCAGAGGAUUUUCCUAAAGCGGAACAACGUGGCCGCAUCAGCGGGAGAUUCUUAGUCCAUGACUGGUGUGUCAGUGAAACUAGCAUUCCUGGAAAUGGCGGGUAUGUAGGAUUGGCACCACCAGGAGAGGUUGGAUCUUGGCAGAUUGACGGCAAGGGAUACCAGUUCUGGACACAAGCAGAUGAGCAAGGUUUCUUCUCGAUCGCCAACGUUCGGCCCGGGGAGUACAAUCUCUACGCCUAUAUCCCUGGUUUUCUCGGUGAUUACAAAUUUGGUUCUUCUGUCACCAUAGCACCAGGAAGUAGUAUGGACAUGGGGGAUGUUGUGUACGAACCUCCGAGACAUGGACCGACGCUGUGGGAAAUCGGUUACCCUGAUAGAACUGCAUCCGGAUUCUAUGUUCCUGAUGUUGAUCCCAAGUAUAUCAACAAGCUUUAUGUGAACCAUCCUGACAGGUUCAGACAAUACGGGUUGUGGGAUAGAUAUACAGAAUUGUACCCAGAUAAGGAUGUGGUUUAUACUGUUGGGAAGAGUGAUUGGGCCAAAGAUUGGUUCUAUGCCCAUAUUCCCAGAAGAACGAAGGUAGGCGAAUAUGUACCGACCACGUGGCAGAUCAAAUUCUACGUCGACAGCGUUGGCAAUACGAGCAGUAGCAAUGUGGGAGACUAUAUGCUUCGAGUCGCUGUUGCCACUGCACAUGUUGCAGAACUGCAGGUUAGAAUCAACAACCAAGAUAUGAGUAGCUCUCCAUUGCUCUCGACGGGAGUGAUUGGGCACGACAACACGAUAGGAAGACACGGAAUCCACGGGCUGUAUAGGCUGUACGAGGUUCUGGUCCCAGCUGCUCUACUUUCGAAAGGAGAGAACAUAUUCUACUUCACUCAGACGCAAACCAAGUCUCCUGCUACUGCCCCAUUUGAGGGCCCCUUCCAAGGGAUCAUGUACGAUUACAUUCGUCUGGAAGCACCUCUGAGCUCGCCUCAUUGUCUUUCUCUCGCAUGAUGGAAUUGGAAUUCACUCUCUAAUGUUCUGGGACAGUAUUCCAGAUGUGCUUGUUAAACGAGAUUUUAACUAGUUUACAUGUUAAGUGGACCAUAUGUGUGUAGGUUAAACUGGACUUGUUAUGAACUUAAAUACAACUAUGUAAUCUAUACAUGUAUCCUAGUUUUUUUACACGGUGGGGGAAUUUCAUUAUAUUAUAUAUAUUAAGGUGGCGUAUUCGGUGCACCCGCCUCAUAAUUGUCAUUCUGACCAUGCGAUUUAUGUUAAAACGGUAUCAAUUGUUGCCUAUGAUAUUAUGAACAAGAAGCACAUGAAUUUGGAAAAAAAUCAUUCAAAAUUU